GAGAAGCGUUUCGUUCUGAAGCGUCGUGGUUUGUAUGUGAACACCGCGAUUUAUAAACGUUUCAUUAUAUUUUUCUACAAAUACUAUUCAGUGUCAUGGGAGGAGGAGAUCUCAACUUGAAGAAAAGCUGGCAUCCUCAGACGCUGAAGAAUAUCGAGCGUGUGUGGAAAGCCGAACAGAAACAUGAGGCGGAACAGAAGAAGAUCGAGGAGCUGCAGAAACAGCUGAGAGACGAGCGAGCUCGAGAAGAAAUCACCAAAUAUGCUCAGGAAACUGGUGCUUUAAAGAGGAAGGAUGAGCGUCUCGACUGGAUGUAUCAGGGCCCCGGGGGACAAAUCUCCCGUGAGGAGUACCUCCUGGGUCGUCCCAUCGAUAAGCAGGUCACACAGCAGUACGAGGAACAAGAGAGCGGACCGUCCUCAGAGACCGGCCUCCUGCCCGGCUCCAUCUUCAGCUCGGACACCUCUGUCAACAGCCUCGAUCUGGCCGCCAAGAUCAGAGAGGAUCCGCUGUUUGAGAUCCGUAAACGCGAGGAGGAGAAGAAGAAGAGCGUCCUUACCAAUCCUGUCAAAAUGAAGGAGAUUCGCAAAAUGUUGCAAGAAAAUCUAAAAAAAGAGAAAAAGAAGAAAAGUAAGAAGGACAAGAAGGAGAGGAGAGAGGAGAAGGAAAGAAGAAAAGAGAAGAAGCACAGGCGCAGGAGCUCCAGCUCGGAGGAUGAAGACAGGAAACACAGCAGAUCAAAGGAACAAAACGGACACGCCACAAACUCUCAUUCUCAUCGAAAAGCGGGUUACGGACUGCUGUUACCAUCGAGCAAAUCUCAUCAUUCGUCGGAGUCGAACCACAGACGGGACAGGAGUCGCUCUCCUCUGAGUUCUAGAGAGGAUCAGAGGAACGGCGAUUCGGACAGGAAGCACAAACCCAAAUCUCCGAGUCCGUCUAGAUCCAAGGACCGCUACCGCCGACCACAGAGCGCCAACUACAGCAAGCGCCUCUCGGCCGAUGAGCUGGAGAAGAGGAGGAAGGAGAUGCUGGGUUUCGCGCAGGAGAGAGAGGAGGAGCGAGCGAGCAACGUGAAGAGAUACAAACAACAAGACGAGCAGGAGAAAGAGAGAGAGAGCGCAAACAAACACAGAAGUCAGGCCUCGUUCAUACACGAUAUGAAGCUGAAAAGCGCUUCCACCUCAUCCGUGGAGGAUCGAGUGAAGCGGAACAUCCACUCCAUUCAGAGAACCUCCGCCUCCCUGGAGAAGAACUUCAUGAGGAGAUGAAGCGUGAUGGAGAAAAGCCGCCGUCGCUCGCACAGUGGUGCCUCACGUUGGUUGGGUGCUUAAACUCGUACAGCGACUUUUAUUGUAACAUUAAACGUUAUUAAAUUGUGUAAAUUCUGCAUAUAAAACAAUAUAUGGACAAAAGUAUUGGGACGCCCUGUCUAAUUAUUGAAUUCAUAUUAAAGCUCUAUAAAAGCUUAAAGUAAAGUUGAGCUCAGUUCUGGUUUCCUUUCUGACAGAAUGGGCACAAAUUCCCACAGACAUGCUCCAAAGUCUUGUCAGAAACCUUGUUAUGGCUGGAAAUACCAUUAGAUUUUGAAUACGCCGUCUCAACAAGCUCAUGGUCAGACGUCCAAAUACUUUUGGUCAUACUGUGUAUAUAUUUUUCUGGUCAGGGUCGCGACGGAGCCGGUUCCACCUGAUAAUACAUACUGGGCAGAAACAGGGUGCCAAUUUAUCACAGGGCUUCGACCUUCACCCCUUCCUUCCUCCCUCCUUAAGACACUGCCGGUCAUGUCUGUGUAAUCUGUCAAUCACCGAUGUUAGCCGACAAGGCCCGGCUCUCAAUUGGCAUUCCAAUUCGUCCCACUGGUUACUAAACCUAAAGGUGCAUGGAGUGGAAUCCUGCCUCUAGUGGUUGCAGCAGGAACUACAGCAACAGACCACAAGAUGCUUGCAGUUUAUAAAUGUCAUGUUUGUAUUUGUGAAUUGUAAAGCUUUUGGUGGAAUGGAGUGCUCUUGAAGGCACGUUUAUAACAUGAUUUUUUUGUUUUUAUUCCUUUUUUAUUGUUUGUUCUUGGAAAUGUGACUGUAUAGAAUUAUAAUGCUGUAAAUAUACAAGCCCCAGGUCUAAGACUGUCCUGUUUUAUAACUCUGUCGUGUGUGUUUUCCUCUUUGAAAAGACAUACCACACCAGACCACCACAUCAAUGCUAUGUUCAUUUUAUUGAAAAGCGUUUGUAAUUCAGAGCGAGCUAAUACUGAUAUUAAUACGUCUAUCAUGUCUACAAUUACGGCGAGCUCAGAGCCGGAGAGUUAAAGAGAGAACAGUAAUCACUGUAGGCAGCAUAUCAUCGGUGUAAGUGGCACGUCUGGCUCCGAACCGCGGCCCUCGCCGGCUCAGCAUGCCGUCCUGGACUUCCAGAAGUAGUUCAUACAGUUGACCGGUUUGGUCGUCACCGUGUUCUGUCUCCUGACCAGCUCCAUCCGUCUGGGAGGCACCUCGUCCACCUGGGGGGGCACCAGCUCGUCGUUACUGAGCAUCCACUGCAGCUCCUGGAGAGUCAGUCUGUCUGGUACCUGAACAGGAGGAAACACAAUGCUGAAUUAAUAAGUUUUAUCAGGCACAUGAACUUGUGCACGAACGCCCCCUUGUGGAGGCCUUACGUUACAGCUUGUAGACCACAGUGGGACCAGAUUGCCACGUUUUGUUUUGUGUUAAGUUUUGAUGGAUUGUUUGUGUUGCCUGGGUGUCCUAAGGAGGAGUGGAGGGAUGGGUGAUCCGGGUUCCUGUAAACUAGCGGACCUCUUAAGAACAACCAAUGAUUGUGGAUGUGGAUGUGAGCGUUCCAUCAUCUGCCUUUAUCCAAAGUGAACUACAGUACUGUGUCAGUAUACAGUCUGAGAUAUUGAGGGUUUAUGGGCCUUACUCAAGGGUCCAACAGCAGCCACCUGGCGGUACCUUAACCGUCCCUGUAUAACACUGUAUGACAUUGUAUAACACUGUAUAAACAUCAUGAACAUGAUUUUAUUUGCAAAUGUUGA